GAUUCUCUCUCAUUAGCAUAGUCAGCAUUUACCUACCUCGCUCAAGUCUCAAGUCUCAAGUCUCAACAACCAAUUUGAGCGAUCGUCUCUUGAAAACUCUCCUAUAAAGAGCUACUCUCAGCGGCUCACCUCUUUAAGUACAAAUAAUUCUUCUUCUUGUUAGAGAGAGAGAGAAGGAAAACCGGGUGAAUUUCUUGCAAAAUGUCGCUGCUUACAGAUCUCAUCAACCUUAACCUCACAGCAUCUACUGAUAAGAUCAUUGCUGAAUAUGUGUGGAUUGGUGGCUCUGGUAUGGACCUUAGAAGCAAAGCAAGGACUCUUGCUGGCCCUGUUAGCGAUCCUUCAAAGCUCCCCAAGUGGAACUACGACGGAUCUAGCACGGGCCAAGCUCCCGGAGAGGACAGUGAAGUGAUCCUAUAUCCCCAGGCAAUUUUCAGAGAUCCAUUUAGGAGGGGAAAUAACAUUCUGGUCAUAUGUGAUACGUACACCCCUGCGGGUGAGCCUAUUCCAACAAACAACCGACACAAUGCAGCCAAGAUUUUCAGCCAUCCUGAUGUUGUUGCGGAGGAACCAUGGUAUGGUAUUGAGCAAGAAUACACUCUGCUGCAAAAGGAAGUCAAGUGGCCUCUAGGAUGGCCCGUUGGUGGUUUUCCUGGACCUCAGGGUCCUUAUUACUGUGGAAUUGGAGCAGACAAAGCCUUCGGACGUGAUAUUGUUGAUGCACACUACAAGGCCUGCCUUUAUGCCGGAGUCAACAUCAGUGGCAUCAACGGAGAAGUGAUGCCUGGCCAGUGGGAAUUUCAAGUCGGACCAUCUGUUGGCGUUUCAGCUGGAGACGAGCUGUGGAUAGCUCGUUACAUAUUGGAGAGGAUCACUGAGAUUGCUGGAGUUGUUGUAUCAUUCGACCCCAAGCCCAUCGAGGGUGACUGGAAUGGGGCUGGUGCACACACCAACUACAGCACCAAGUCCAUGAGGGAAGAGGGAGGCUUUGAAGUCAUCAAGAAGGCCAUUGAGAAGCUUGGGCUGAGGCACAAGGAGCACAUUGCUGCUUACGGGGAGGGCAACGAGCGUCGCCUCACUGGAAAACACGAAACUGCUGACAUAAACACCUUCAAAUGGGGUGUUGCUAACCGCGGUGCAUCCAUCCGUGUGGGUCGCGACACUGAGAAAGAAGGCAAGGGCUACUUUGAGGAUAGGCGGCCAGCUUCCAACAUGGACCCUUACAUUGUCACCUCAAUGAUCGCGGAGACCACCCUCCUCGGCAAGCAGUGAGUCCGGUUAUCAGCUUAAAAAGUUCUGGAACAAGGCCAUUUCUGUUUACUUCACAUAUGUAGCAUAGUUUUUCAUAGUCUCUCUCUCUCUCUAUGUUGUGUUACUGUUGUUAUGGAACAUCAUUUUUAGCGAGUCAGGCUGCGAGGUUGAGUUCAUCCCUACCAGCCUGAUUGAGAUCACUGAUGUUAAUAAUUUCUGUGAGGGUUGAUUUUCCAAGCCUUGGAAAUUCAACAAACAGCUACUUUGAAAUUUGUUUUAAUCAUGUUUUGCUCA